AUGCGAAGAACGGUGCUUUCUUCAGAGAUCUCGAAACGCUUGACCUUGAAGCUAAAGGCUCUAGCGCAGCAGAGCCGCUGGAAGGAAGCACUUCAACUCCUCCGUGCCUCUCCAUCUGCAAACCUCUUCUCCCACAACGCGGCGAUCAGCGCCUGUCAGAGGGCUCAUCGCUGGGAGGCGAGCCUGCAGUUGUUUCACGAACUGGCAGAGAUUCGGUCCCAGGUGGAUUUGUUCAGUUAUAACAGCACCUUGAGCUCUUUGUCAUUUUCCUGGCAGAGGUCGUUGGACUUCUUCCACAGGCUCUUGCUGGGCAGGGUUCUGCCGGAUGUGGUGACCUUUAGCGCUGUGAUGAGUUCUGUCCAAAGGGCGAGCUAUUGGCAGAGAUCACUGGAGCUUUUUCAGCAGAUGCUGCAUGCGUCGGUGGUGCCCAACAUCUACAGCUACAGCGGAGUCAUCUCUGCAUGUCAGAAGGGUUCGCAGUGGCCAGCCGCCCUCGACUUGCUGUUUUCAAGGAUGGUGCAAGCGGAAGUCAUUCCAAACGUGGUGUGCUACAGUGCAGCGAUGAGCUGUUUUGAGCCUACUGGUGACUGGCAACAGGCACUGAGCUUGCUUCAAGCGAUGCUCUCCGCACGAGUGCAGCCAAAUGCUGUGAGCUUCAGCGCCCUCAUUAGCUCCUGCGAGAAAUCGGCUCAGUGGCUCAUGGCGCUCCAGGUGUUCCAACAGUCUCCGCAGCCAGACGUGUAUGUCUACAGCGGCACCAUCAGUUCGGUGGAGAAGACUGGACACUGGCGCUGGGCCCUGCAUUUCUUCAGCUUGAUGAUUGCCCGUGGAGUGGUACCUAACGAAGUGAGCUUCAGUGCAGCAAUCAGUGCAUGCGAGAAAGGGAAUCAAUGGCGAGGAGCCUUGCAGUUGCUGGAACUCAUGCGUGAGUUCAAAACAUGCGACGGGCGCGAGCUUUUCGGCCGAGGGGGCGAGAGCUGA